AUGGAAGGGGACAACACCACUGCUGCGUCUCAAGAUGAGAGCCAAACCUCAUCUCUUACUGCGUCUACCCCGCAAGGUGGAGGGCCUCCAUUCUUCUCUCCUCCUCCUGGGAAGGCUCAGAGUGAUGGCGCCAGAGAUUGGUCUGGCGAUGGUCACCGCCGUCGUUCUCCACUGGCUACUCGAAUCUGUUUCCAGAAUGUCAACGGAUUACCAGAACACGGCAAUGACCCCAAGCAGCAACAGAUCAACUCCUGGCUGAAGGAAGAACGAGUGGGAAUUGCGUUGUUGGCAGAGGCCAAGACGUUCUGGCCUUCUAUCAACAAAGGUCACGGUUGGAGUGACAGACUCCGCCAAGCUACGAUGAAGUCCAAGCAGAAAGGGUUUUACUCGUCGGUAGCUUACAAUCGGCAUCAGGACAGAUCUGCUGCCACCUCGGCGGUACAAUGGGGCGGGUGCAUCGCAACUGUUUUGAACCAAGUGGCGCACAGGGCAAAGGAAGCUGGAAGAGACCCCACAGUUUUAGGAAGAUGGGCCUAUGUUCGUCUCCAGGGAAGGAAGUUGAAAGCACACGGGGUAAUGUCCAGGACUCUUUGGUUGAGGUAA